AUGCGCAGCCCAGUCAUCGCCUUCUCCAUCCUCGCGGCUGCGGCGGUCGGCCCCUCUCUAGUUGCUGGCGCCCCGACCUCGCCCAACCCCGACUCGGCGCACUCGCCUCGCCAGCUCUCCAACCCCAUGAACCGCCUUGACACCCCUGGCCUCCCGGUCCAGCCCCCCGUCUCCCCCCCCGCAGGCUUGCCCCUCUCGAAGGCAAGCAAGGACGUCCAACCGCCCUCGAUUCUCUCUGGUAUCGGCAUCUUGGGCGGUGGCGACAACUCGGACUCCAAGGGCAGUGACAAGCCUGAUCCGAGCACCCAUCGGCAAGCCGAGCAGCAGCUGCACAACCCCUCGUCUUCGCUCGACGCGUACACGACCCACAGCAGGCGUGCCUCGGACAUGAACACCGCUGGUGGCAACUCAUACACGGGUGCCUCCAGCGAUACUUCUGGUGGUUCCGUUGUCUCGGUCGCUCAUGGUGGAGAUUUUGGGGGCGACGACGAUGACGACAUUGACGAGGAUGGCCUCACGAACGCCGGUGGCAACACUGGUGGCGCUGCUGGCGAGGGCUUCAGCGGUUUCAGCUACGGUGGCGACGGUGAUGGCAAGGGCGCCGGUGGUAACGCCUACUCUGGUGCAGUUGGGCCCUCGGAAGGUGGUGACGUGGUCAGUGCCAGUGAUCACGGUAUCGACAACACCGCUGCCAACGCUGGCGGUGCCGGUGGCUUCGACGAGUCCGGUGAUGCCAACGGCGGUGACGCCGCGGGCAACAUUGUCGACGGCGUCGACACCUCGGACUACACUGUCCGCCGCAAGCGUGGGCAGGAUUCCGGUACCGCCGGUGGCAACGCGUACUCGGGCGCCAGCAGCAAUGUCGAUGGUGGCAAUGUCAUCAACCACUCGGAAGACGAGGGCGAGACAUUUAACGACGCUGCGCAGACUGGUGGUGAUGCUGGCGAAACCUACUCUGGCGACGCUAACGGUGGGGAAGGUGAUGGCUUCGGCCCUGGUGGUAACGCGUACAGCGGCGCGACGGGCAGCGCUGUCGGCGGCAGCGUCAUCAACAGCGGCGGCUUCGUUGAAAACGAAGACACGGUCACUGGCGGCGAUGGUGGUGAGAGCGAGAGCGGGGAUGCCGAGGGUGGUGACGCUUGA